CCGUUUAUUGAACAAAAUCUUCUCUUCUUAUAGUUUCUCUCUCUCCAAAAACCCAAACCCUCUUUUUUUUUCCUCUCUUUAUUUGCCCUCGUUUUUGUGGCGGCUCAAACUCUUCUCUGCAACCCGUUGUAUCCCACCUCUUCCAGGGUUUCUCUCUCUCUCCAUCUUCAGGGUUCUACGAGUCCUCCUGUGGUGAAGAUCUAUAUCGUUAUGGCCGCUGGUGCUCCCCCUGCUGAUCAAGCUGCAGAUUUGCUGCAGAAUUUGUCACUGGAUUCUAGGAAUAAAACUCUUGAAAUUGCAGAGUCAAAAAAGAAGCCUUCUGGGAAUCCGGCAGAUGGGACAAACGUUCAGGCUCAGUCUAUGGAUCGGUCUGUGACACCUCUGUUGCCAGAAUUCAUGGAUCCAACUUUGUGCUAUGUUCCUAAUAGUUAUCCCUCGACAGCAUAUUAUUAUGGAUAUGAUGCUUCUGGUAAUGAGUGGGAGGACUAUGCACGAUAUGUGAGUCCGGAUGGAGUUGAUAUGGCUGGAGUUUAUGGGGACAAUGGGUCACUUGUGUAUCAUCAUGGCUAUGGAUAUGCACCCUAUAGUCCAUAUUCACCUGCUACUUCGCCUGUCCCUUCUUUGGGGCAUGAUGGCCAAGUUUAUGGAUCGCAACAAUAUCAUUAUCCGUAUUACCAGCCACUCCCCCCAACCAGUACAUCAAACUCUACUCCAGCUUCUCUGCCAAAAGGUGAGAUCACCACCUCUGCAGCAGCUGCUGACCAAGCAUCGUUAUCUAUGGAUUCUGCUAAUGGAAAUUCUAAUGUCAUUGCAAAUGGUGGUGUAAAGGGAAAUACUGGAUCUAUGCCUGUGAGGCCUGCAUUCCAGAACUCAUCCUUAAAUGCUAAUGGUUCUUAUGGACUGGGUACCUUGCCUGGAGGAGUUGCUUCAGGUUAUCAGGACCCUAGACUGGGUUUUGAUGGUGUGCGUUCUCCCAUUCCGUGGAUUGAUGGGUCAAUGUUCACUGAUGGGCAAGUUAGGCCUGUGUCUAGUAAUUCUUAUACUCCACCAUUUUCAAAUGGAUAUGCUGCUCCAUCGUCAAAGAAUCAGAAUCUUCAUCCACAUCUAAUGGGCUUGCACAACCCAAGGCCCUCGGCUGGCAUGAACACAACUAAUGGGUAUAUGAAUAGGAUGUAUCCCAACAAAUAUUAUGGGCAGUAUGCAAACACAUUCAAUUCUAGCAUGGGCUUUGGGCCUAACCGGUAUGAUUCUCGCACUACAGGUCGUGGGUGGAUGACAGUUGAUAACAGGUUUAAACCCAGGGGUAGAGGAAAUAGUUUCUAUGCCUAUGGCAAUGAAAACUUGGAUGGUUUAAAUGAGCUCAACAGGGGACCAAGAGGUAAAGGAUCCAAGAAUCAGAAGGGUCUUACACCAGUUGCUCUGGCAGUUAAGGGGCAGAACACCCCCCUUUCUGUAACCAAAGAUGCUGAGAAAGAUAAACCAAGCCUGAUUCCUGACAGAGAACAGUACAAUCAUUCAGAUUUUCCAGUGACGUAUGUUGAUACCAAAUUUUUUAUCAUCAAGUCUUACAGUGAGGAUGAUGUGCACAAAAGCAUCAAAUAUAAUGUGUGGGCUAGCACACCAAAUGGUAACAAGAAACUUGAUGCUGCGUACCAGGAGGCUCAACAAAAUUCUGGAGGCUGCCCUGUUUUUCUUUUCUUCUCGGUAAAUACAAGUGGGCAGUUUGUUGGUGUUGCAGAGAUGGUUGGGCCAGUUGAUUUCAACAAAAAUGUGGAUUAUUGGCAGCAGGACAAGUGGAUCGGCUGUUUUCCUGUCAAGUGGCACAUUGUGAAGGAUGUUCCAAACAGCUUGUUGAAACACAUCACUUUGGAAAACAACGAGAAUAAGCCUGUUACAAACAGCAGAGAUACUCAGGAGGUUAAGAUGGAGCAGGGUCUGCUGGUGCUUAAGAUAUUUAAGGAUCAUAUUAGCAAACAGUGUAUCCUUGAUGAUUUUGAUUUUUAUGAGGAUCGUCAGAAGAGGAUUCAGGAAAAGAAAGCCAAGCAGCAGCUUUUCCAGAAGCAGGUAUGGGAAGGCAAAGCUACUGAAGAGAAGAUCAGAGAGAAUUUGAAGGCCGACGUCAAGUCUCAGAAGCCUUCAGAAGUUUCUGCUGGUUUGAACAAAGAAAAUUUACAGGCUGCUGCGCAGACUACUAGUACGGAGGUCAAACUUACAGAGAAUAUAUCAAUUACAAAAUCAGGAGAUGAUGUGAAGGGUGCUAAACCGGUCAUCACUCUAUCAGAAAAGAAACCUGCAGCCAAGGAGAUAGCAGAUAGGGUUGCUAAUGGAUGCUAACUUCAGCUAAUGAAGGGUGGUCUGCUGGUUAAGAGGUCCUAGAUUGGAGCUUUAUGACUACAUGAUAUUCUCGUGUGGUGCUUGGGUUAAGAUCUCAUAACCAUUGGGCUGCCCUUCUUAUACGUGUGGCAUCUGGAGUUGGUUGUUGCUGAAAAUAAAGUGUUCCCAGUGAAGGAAGGUUCAACAUUGGCAAGAAGGCUAAAUUUAUCUGUUUUUAAGAGUCCAGGAAGUACGGAAGACCCAUUUUCCCUCAUGGGACAGUUACUUGGUCAUAGAUCGACAGGUUUCGUACCUUGGUUUGGGUUUUUAGGAUAAUGUCUUUUUUUUGUUUUUAUUUCAUUCGUUUUAGGCCAUUACCUUUUUCCUUUUUUUUUUUUUUUUUUGAGUUACAUGGGUUUUAGAGGUGGGGUUCUUGUUAUUACUAGUUUGGCUCCCAAUCCCGUCUUGUAAAUCUAGAUCAAUCUGUUAAAGGCAAUUCAACAUUGCAUUUAUUUUUUUUUUGAACUGAUAAAAAGAGCUAGAAGCAAGGUGGGAUGUAUUGCAAUAUACUCCUUCCAUUGAAAAAAGAAUUAUCUAUUUUGACUUUUAAGAAAAUAAAGAAUUUUGAAUUUUGUGGUUUUAAA